AUGUUCAGGCAGAAAUUCUCAUGCCAGCGCCACACAAUCCUAACCAACCCCAAGAAUUCCUUCCCUAGGCAUUCUCGUCCAGGUUUCUUGAAUUCAAGCUCCUGCUCUACUCCCAACCCAACCGUCGAUUAUCCUGCCAUCGCCACUCCCUAUCAGCUAUCUGUUUUUAGUCAUUACAACAACCUGCAGUUGCCUCUCCUCACUCCACCGUCGCCUCUCCUCAAUCCCCACCGUCGCCUCUCCCUCGCUCCCCACCAUCGCCUCUCCCUUACUCCCCAUCAUAGCCUCUCCCUCCCACCCCGCCGUCUCUCUCCCUUCCUCUUCGCCGUCGCUUCUCCCUCCCUUCCCGCCGUCGCCUCUGGUGGGUGCACGAGUGCGAGCGCGGGUUGGUGCACGACCGCGCGUUUUGUGAGGCCCCGUCGUCUCAGCUCGCUGGCGCCUAACGCGCUAGCGCCAUGUGCGCUGGCGCCUAACGCGCUAGCGCCUAACGCGCUGGCGCCAAACGCGCUUGCGCCAUACGCGCUGGCGCCAAACGCGCUGGCGCCUAGCGCGCUGGCGCCAUGCGUGCUGGCGCCGUGCGCGCUGGCGCCCUGUGCUCUGGCGCCAUCGUUAUGCACGCUGGCGCCAUGCGCGCUGGAGCCAUGUGCGCUGGCGCCUAACGCGCUGGCACGUAAUGCGCUGGCGCCUAGCGCGCUGGCGCCUAACGCGCUGGCGCCUAACGCGCUGGCGCCAAACACACUGGCGCCAUGCACGCUGGCUCCAUGUGCGCUGGCGCCUAACGCGCUGGCGCCGUGCACGCUGGCGCCAUGCGCGCUGGCGCCUAAUGCGCUGGCGACAUGUGUGGACUUGGUGCAAAAAAAUGUUUGCUACCAUUUCUGCUCUCUUUCCUUUCUGCUGCAGGUGAUGCAUUCCGUAGGUGAUGACAACCGGCGCGAUUGUCCCGUUAAAACGGCGAAUUGGAGGCCGUCUUCAAGUGACAACAACCGGCGCACGCAUGUGGCGACAUGCGACAACAACGACCGGGAGUUCGUCUUCGUCGCAAGUGGAACGACCGUCGGUGGUGUUGACGCGUGGGUACUCGAUACGGGUGCUACUCAACACAUGACGGCGAGCGCGACGCUUCUCAACAACGUGACAACGGUGGCUCAUGGUGGACGGCAACGUUAA